UUUCAAUUCGUGAUUCAAGAAUCUUCCCUUACCAAACUGCUGCUGAUGGUAAAAUCUGAGUGAAUAAUUGCUUCUCCUUUUUCAUCAUCAACAUCACCGAAGCUUCUGUUUUCAAUUGUCGAAUGAUUGAGAAGAAGAUUACUUAAAAAGUGAGUUGUUGAAAAAGGGUUCUUUCUAUUCCACUUUCUACAUCCAAACUCAUCAUCAUUAUCAUGCCGUAACUAUCUUUACACUAUUACUAGCUGUAUACACUAUCCCAUUUUUGGGGUCAACAACAUUGCGGUGCAAGAUUUACAAACUGUACGUUGAACCAAACAAGCAUUAAGCGAACUUGAAAGAUUUAUUUAGAGAGUGGUGAAAGUAAAUCAGAAAAAUGGGAUCUUUCAUUGGUCAUAUUUUGCCAGGAACCUUGUUUCUUCUAGUUGGUUUAUGGCAUAUAUGGUGUGCCGUGGUGAGAUAUGUAUCAAGUCCUAAGACAUUCCGAGUUCGUGUAUGGAAUCCUGUACCAAGAGUUGAUGGGAAGCUCAAGCACUUGGAACUCUAUGUUAUUUCAAUUGGCGCUUUCAUUGACUUGUGCGUUGAGCUUUUAGUUGCAACACAACUAAAGUUUUUUGUUGGUGGAGUCUUGAAUUCCACUUACUUGAUUAACUUUGAGCACUCGGGAAUGCUUAUCAUGUUUCUUAUCUUUGGUGUCGUUUCCCUGCUCUCAGAAAGAACAAGAUAUGUUUCCUUGCCAGAAGGUGCACUUUGUUUAAUUGCUGCAACAGCAUUCACUGCAGAGUAUCUUCUGUUUUAUUUUCACUCAACAAUGCACAAAGGCCUAGAAGGCUAUUACCAUGUCCUCCUCGCAUUCCUAAUUGGUCUUUGUAUAUUAUGUUCAAUUGCUGGAGCACUUUUUCCCACCAGUUUCCCGGUCGAUUUAUGUAAGGGCAUUGCCAUAACACUGCAAGGAAUCUGGUUCUAUCUGACAGCCUUUGUUCUCUUUGGCCCUAUGCUACCAGCUGGUUGUAGCAUGAAGGAUAACGUUGUCACGUGUCAUUCGCAUGAGAGCGAGGUUCGUGGUGAGUUGUUUGCCAAUGCUCAGCUCUUUUUUGCAGUCCUCGCGGUUCAUGUAGGAACUAUAGUAUCCUUUGGUUUUGCAGCUUCUAGAUAUGGAAAUUUAGAAGAACUUGCUCCUAAUUCAGGGUUUGAUUAGAAGAACACUCAUGUAGAUUGUGAUAUUAUGUUUCCAGUUUUUUUGGUAAAUGUAAUGUUGGAGUAAACAAGUGCUGUUUUGUGUGAUGAAAAGAUUUUUAGAAAGUCAAGUGUAAAGUUAAUUUGCAAAUUAUUCAUUUAGUUGGGAUACAAUUACUAUGUAAACUUAAAUAGUAUGAGGAAAUAUCCAUGAUGGUGUAUUCUUAAGUA